CCUCUCUCCGUUUUCUUACUGUGAUUUUGGCCCCCACUCAUACGUAACCAUCAUGUGGGUGUUACUGUAAUUUCACUCUCUCACCUACACUGUGUGAAGUUGGAGUUGGCUUUCACAACGACAGAGACUAGAGAGAGAAAGAGGGGGGGUGUUUUGUAUUUUAAGGCGUCAAAAAUGUGCGACCUUGCCUUUAAUCAACAAAUAUUCCAGAGGGUCCUUAAAUGAAGCUUGCUCCCGUAAGUGUAGGGAAUUUUACGAGUUGAACCAACUCCCUCCCUGGGAAUCCCAAAUCCCCCACUGCUUCUUCUAUGUGUUUAAGCUUGUAAGAUCAUCAAUGGUAAGCAAUCAUACAGACAAGAAAAACGACACCGUAGCCUCGCCGGAAACAAGGGGGAAAAGGGUUUUUCUUUGAAAUUUUGCUGCUUCCACACCAUGUUGGAAUACGAAUGGGGAAACCCCUCUUCAAUCAUGUUAUCGGGUGAAGAGACCGCCCAAGAACCCGACCCCAAUCGUCAGCUUUUCCAUCACUAUGCCACCACCACCACCACCACCACCACCCACCACCAACCUUACAACGAAACCCUCCUUUCUCAUCACAACCCCACUGUUUUUUCUCACCAAAACCUCUUCCAUAACCCUAACCAAGCUCAACCCCCCCAACACCCUGCUACUCUUCAUUCCUUGUACGACCCGCACUCCUACUCUGCCACCUCCGCUUACUCCACUGUCCACGCUUCCUUGCUCUCACUGGACCCAGUUUCUGCCGUCGGAGGGAGCGGAGGCGGUUACUUUCUCGUUCCCAAGACGGAGGAAGUUUCUAGACCUGUUGACUUUACUGCCAGGAUUGGUCUCAACUUAGGUGGGCGUACGUAUUUUUCCUCCGCCGAGGAUGACUUUGUAAACCGGCUUUAUCGCAGGUCUAGACCCGGAGAUCUCAGCUCAACCAAUUCCCCCAGGUGCCAAGCCGAGGGUUGCAAUGCCGAUCUUACCCAGGCUAAGCACUACCAUCGCCGCCAUAAAGUCUGCGAGUUCCAUUCCAAAGCUUCCACCGUCAUCGCCGCUGGGUUGACUCAACGAUUCUGCCAGCAGUGCAGCAGAUUCCAUCUUCUGUCAGAAUUCGACAAUGGGAAGCGUAGCUGUCGAAAGAGACUGGCCGACCACAAUCGUCGCAGGCGAAAAUCUCAACAGCAGCAACCCAAUACCACUCAAGAAAACCAGAAGCACCUCCCGCUUGAAAGUGGUGGCAAUCCCUCCUCUGAUAAUCCCCAAGGUCACCGCCGGAUUCUGGGGUCCAGUCAUCUUCUUCAGUAACGGUGGCAGCUUCGCCGCCGCGAAUUUCAUUGGAUUGUUUCAGGCAAAGACCUCACAAUGCAGCGGUCUCUUCAUCAUCAUCAGGCACACUUUUUUUCUCAAGUGGGUAACAGUUAACAAUGGAGUAGCUAGCCAAGGAAUUAGCAAGCUGAAAACGUCCCGUCUCUGCUAUAUUCUUAUCUCUGAAUUUUCAAUAUUGUUUAAUAUUCAGAUGGUGUUAGCUUAUACUGACAUCAAGAAAUUUGGACUAAUUAAUAGAACAUCUAAUAUAUAUAUUUGUUAUUACUA